AGAAGUAGGCCCUCAUGUUUGUUUAUUGAUACAGUCUCUUCAUUUUCUGCAAAGUGGAAGUAUCUUUUAAAGUCCACUUAGGUUGGACUAUGAAAUUUUAAGUUAUCUUAAGUAUUUACAAAUUUUGUAGGUAAUCAUGGAUCAGGUAAUGCAAUUUGUGGAACCCAGCCGUCAGUUUGUGAAAGACUCCAUACGACUUGUUAAAAGAUGCACCAAGCCUGACAGGAAAGAGUUCCAGAAGAUUGCCAUGGCAACAGCAAUAGGCUUUGCAAUAAUGGGAUUUAUUGGUUUCUUUGUCAAAUUGAUCCAUAUCCCAAUCAACAAUAUAAUUGUAGGUGGCUGAAUAUUCAUCAUGAAGAAGAAGAAGAAGACAGUUGAGACACCUGCUGCAAAGAUUUCACAGCUUUAAUUUGUUUGAUAUUAAACAAGCUCAGUUUGGGUUUUCAAACACCGUUGUCACCUUAUUUUUCUUUCAAAGUGUAUGUGAUCAUACCUGUCUAUAUUACAGAAUUUUUUUCUUUUUUAGUA